AUGAGGAGCUCAGCUGCGAUUACGGGGAAGAGACUUCUUCAUCGGCAUACUCGGGUGAUUACAGGUUCGGCUCCUGCUCUCUGCGGUUUUUGUUGCUCGGCACGACCUUUUUCUGGUCAUAGUUAUGAUUACAGAGAGAGAUUGAGCAAAACUCGGCUGAGUGAUUUAAAGUUAGACGAUGCUGUUGGUUUGUUCAGUGUUAUGGUACAGUCUCGUCCACGCCCUUCAAUCACUGAGUUCUGUAAACUGUUGAGUGCUAUUGCUAAGAUGAAGAGGUUUGAUGUUGCCAUCUCUCUUGGUGAGCAGAUGCAGAAUUUGGGAAUUUCACAUAAUCUCUAUAGUUACAGCAUUUUGAUUAACUGUUUUUGCCGGCGGUCUCAGCUCUCUCUUGCUUUAGCUGUUCUUGGCAAGAUGAUGAAACUCGGCUAUAAGCUCGAUGUUGUCACGCUGAACUCGCUGCUCAAUGGUUUCUGUCACAGUAAGAGGAUUGCAGAUGCUGUUGCUUUGGUGGAUCAGAUGGUGGUAAUGGGAUAUCAACCUAAUACCGUUACAUUUACAACUCUUAUCCAUGGACUUUUUCUCCACAACGAAUCUUCCGAAGCUGUGGCUUUAGUUGAGCGGAUGGCUUUGAAAGGAUGUCAACCGGACCUAGUGACAUACGGUGUGCAUCUAAAAGUUAACAUAAAUCCGUACGUUGGAUCUUGA